GCCUCCUGGGAGGAGGCGCCAGCGGGGACAGCCGGGUCUGGAGGCGCCGGCUCGGGGCAAGGCUCCGAGUUUCCGAGGCUCCGCUGAGAAGCCGGGCAGCAGCAAGACCGCUGCUCGCGAGCCGACAAGCUGCAGCUGGAACUGGAACCCCGUGGGGCCGAGGCCCCGGCUGCCGGGCAGCGGCUCCUUCAGGCCGAGGCCCCAGCGGAGAAUGAGCCGCAGGCAGUGGCGAGCUCCCGCUGGAGCGGCCGGGCCGGGAGCAUGCUGCGCUGGUUCAUCACUGUACUCCUGUGUGCCUCCUUCCUGGGGCUGGGAAUGAGUGUCGCUAUUCUGGGACCCACGUUUCAAGAUUUGGCAACAAAUGUGAACCGCAACAUCAGCAGUCUUUCUCUGAUUUUUGUGGGCCGUGCCUUUGGAUAUUUGGGUGGCUCUGUGAUUGGUGGAGUUCUUUUCGACACUAUGAAUCAUUUUCUACUUUUGGGGAUUUCGAUGUUUGCAACUACAGUUGGUCUUUAUCUUGUUCCAUUUUGUAAGACCGCAGUGUUACUGAUUGUCAUGAUGUCCAUCUUUGGUGUUUCAAUUGGCAUUCUGGAUACAGGUGGUAACGUCCUAAUCUUGGCUAUUUGGGGGGACAAAGGAGCCCCACACAUGCAGGCCUUACACUUCAGUUUUGCCUUGGGUGCCUUUUUGGCUCCACUGCUGGCUAAAUUGGCACUGGGCAUGGCGGUGCCUGCUGAAAACCACACAGAGGCUGACUUUAACCAUUCUGCCUUCAACCAGUCACCUGAAGCUGACUCAGAACCUCUACUUGGAAUACCUGAUGAUAUGAAUUUACUUUGGGCUUAUGCUGUUAUUGGUGCUUAUAUUUUUGUGGUUUCUCUCUUUUUAUUCAUUCUGUUCUUAACAAAAAGCUCCAAGUGGGAAAAAGCAAAAGUGUCUGUUCAGAGGUCUCGAAGAGCUAAAUAUCACAACACCCUUCUUUGUCUCCUUUUCCUGUUCUUCCUUUUUUAUGUUGGAGCGGAGGUAACGUACGGCUCUUACGUUUUCUCAUUUGCAACCACCCAUGCUGGCAUGAAAGAAAGUGAAGCAGCUGGGUUGAACUCCAUCUUCUGGGGGACCUUUGCUGCCUGCAGGGGCAUGGCAAUCUUUUUUGCUACGUGGUUACAACCUGGAACCAUGAUUGUGUUGAGCAACAUUGGCAGCCUGGCUUCAUCUUUAUUUCUGGUACUUUUCAACAAAAGCACAGUUUGUCUCUGGAUAGCAACUUCAGUGUAUGGGGCCUCAAUGGCAACCACGUUUCCCAGUGGUGUGUCUUGGAUUGAGCAGUACACGACCAUCCAUGGGAAAGCUGCAGCAUUUUUUGUAGUCGGUGCUGCUCUGGGAGAAAUGGCUAUUCCUGCAGUAAUUGGAAUUCUUCAAGGAAAAUACCCAGGUUUGCCUGUAGUUUUGUACACUUCUUUGGGGUCAUCAGUAGCCACUGCUAUUUUAUUCCCUGUGCUGUAUAAGUUAGCCACCUCACCUCUUGAUCGUCAGCGAAAGGAACACAGGAAAAGCGAGGACCAGAAAGCUUUGCUCUCUGGCUCUGGGCUAAAUGACUAUGAGGAAGAGAAUGAAGAAGAAGAUGCAGAAAAAUGGAAUGAGAUGGACUUUGAAGUGAUUGAAAUGAAUGAUACAACGAGGAAUUCUGUAAUAGAGACAUCUAGAAAUAUUUCGAUGGAGCCCACAACUGAAGUCUCCAACCAAUCCUACUCAAAUGUGUUAAUGUUUGACUCCUCUCCAGUUAAUACUGGCAAGUCCCCUGGGAACCACUUGCAAGAAACCAGGACAAAAGGGACUAAUGCUUAGAGGAGAUGGAUUAUUUACUGACUUCCUUGAGUUAUCACCAGUUCUAAAGAAACCAGUCAGAGCAAAGCAUAACAGAUUUUCAACAUGCUUUGGGGAUCAAACUUUCUAGGUCCGAGUAUACCAAAUGCUGAAAAGUUUUGAAACGUUCUGUAAUUCCCAGAGUCUUUCAUAAAGAAUCAGUGGUCUCAUACAGCAGGACCUUGUUGUGAGGCUAGUGUUUGGCAUGUGAUUGAUUAGUUAAUAUUUUUUGGCCUUCCCCCUGCAGAGCAUGCAGAGAAGGCGUUUGUUUUUGAGAAGUUGGGUGCCGUCCUGAUAGAAUGAAGCUGUGUAGUAGUUGAAUUGGUUAGCUGAACAAAAUAUUAGUCAUCAGUAUUCUACCAGGGAAGUUGAGGAGAGUCAUUUCAUAAAAGAGCAUCUUUGAAAAUGGACAUAGAUUUUUAUUAAUUGCUUUACUCUGUAGCGUUGGACCAAAGAAUGCUAAUGACUCAUGAUUUCUGAUUUCUAUGAAGAGAACACAGAACAGGACCCUAGAGACCUGACUUUAGGCUUUCACAGAUGCUUACUUGUCUUCUGACCCUGUACUCAGUUAUUUAACUUAUGUAAGCCUCAUUUAUCUCAUCUCCUGAUCUGUGAUUCUGAAUGAAAAUAAGAUGACUUUCAAACUAGGAAUCCAUAAGUUUUGAAGUUUGUGCAAGAUGUCUUCUAGAAAUUAAUAUAAGUGCCA